UCAUGCUGCUGCCAGGUCCACAGUGUCUCAUGGGUCCCUGUACGGCCUCCCAUUGCUGCUGUCUCCAUCGCGACACUCUGCCAUGUGCCACUUUCAGGUCUCCUCACACACUGCUGGGUGUUCCAUUUUUUGUCAUAGGGUGCUGGCAGAUUACGGGCCUCCCAUUGCUGCUGCCAGGCCCCUAAUCUGCCAUGGGCCCCUUACCACCUCCUCAUGCUGCUGCCAGGUCCACAGUGUCUCAUGGGUCCCUGAACCGCCUCCCAUUGCUGCUGUCUCCAUCGCCACACUCUGCCAUGUGCCACUUUCAGGUCUCCUCACACACUGCUGGUGUGUUCCAUUUUUUGUC